CUUUAAUUUCCGGCUUUGAUAUGAUCGACACUGUAACACUCUACUGAUCAGCUGUAUGCCAACUUAAUCAAAUGCAUGUGUUUUAAAUUAGUUGAACAUCAUAUUAUGUACUUAGUCCGGUCUCAGGAGUGAGAGCUAGAGGACACGGACAGCACAACUUAGCUUGAGCUGAGCGAGUGAGUGACCAUGGCGGCCGGUAUCUGGAGCGCCGUGCAUUGGUGGGACGAGUGGCAGCUGCGCAUCCUCGUCCUCGGCAGCCUGGGCGUGCAGUGGUUCCUCCUCUUCGCCGCCCCGAUGCGCAAGUACACCGUCCCACGCUGGUUCAGGACCUUCAUCUGGCUGGCCUACAUCGGCAGCGACGCCCUGGCGAUCUACGCCCUCGCCACCCUCUUCAACCGCCACGCCAGGGGGAGCAGCAGCAAUGGCGGGUCGAGGACCCUGGAGGUGCUGUGGGCCCCCGUCCUGCUCAUCCACCUGGGAGGGCAGGAGGAGAUCACCGCCUACAACAUCGAGGACAACGAGCUGUGGACGCGCCACACCGUGACGGUGGUGUCGCAGGUCGCCGUCGCCGUCUACGCCUUCUGCAGGUCGUGGCGGCGCUCCGGCGACCGGAGGCUGCUGGCGUCGGCGGUCCUGCUCUUCGUCAUCGGGGUCCUCAGCUUCAGCGAGAAGCCCUGGGCGCAGAGGAGGGCCUGCAUCAACAGGCUCGCCGCCGUGUCGUCCAGGGUGCACGGGAGAGGAAGAAGAAGAAUUAAUAAGGUUAACAGAUGCCAAUCGAUGUUGAACGAGCUGGAAGAGUUUAUCAAACGGUGCUGGAGAAGAAUACCGAUGACACGUGGCGAGCAAGAUCAGGUCCUGUCGGAGGGAGACAAGGUCCACAUGAUGCUCUCCGACAUGUCUCUGCUAGCUGCCUCCUCCGGCCUCAUCAAAUACCAGCAGCAGAUGACAAAGCGGCGGCGGCUGGGCGGCGAGCGAGCUGCUGAUCCGCCGGGAGAUGAUGACCAAGUGCUGAGGCCACUGAGCCCGAGCGCAGAGAUGGGGCUCAAGCCCUGGCUGCGCCGCGCGUUCGGGCUCAUCUACACCAGGGUCAACGUGGCGACCACCCCCACGUACCUGGCCUACCACAUGCUCCUCGUCCCGUCCCUGCACGUCGCCGCCAUCACGCUCUUCGCCACGAGCGACAAGCGCCGGUACCCCGGCACCGACGUCCGGAUCACCUACACCGUCCUCGCCGUCACCGCCGCGCUCGACGUCCUCGCCGAGACCAUCCGCCAGCUGCUCUACAAGCUCAUGUCGGCGGCCGGCGUGCCGGCGCUGUGCGAGACGCUCCCGCAGUACAACGUCCUCGGCUCGGCUCGCCGGAGGACGACGCCCGUCACCGGCUGGCUGGUCAGGUGCGCGGCGCGCCUGGGCUUGGAGGAGUGCUUCGUCAUCUGCAGGCGCGACGAGAGCCUCUACGGCAGGGUCGCCGGGUUCGUCAUAGCGGACCUCGUCCGCGCUAGAAGAGCCAAGGGCCUCGACCUCAGCAGCUACCGGGCCUUUACCGCCGCCAACUGGGCUCUGAGCGUGGACCUGCAGCAGCGGUGCGGGCACAUGAUCCGGCGAUGCCUGCGCGAGUCGUUCGACGAGAGCGUCCUCCUCUGGCACGUCGCCACCGACCUGUGCUUCCGCCGCAGCCCUCCGCCGGAGGCGGGCAGCGACGCCGGGAAGCGCGAGGAGUGCACGCGCGCGGUGUCCGACUACAUGGCGCACCUCCUCAACUCCCAGCCGGAGAUGCUCAUGACCGGCAGCCGGCGCCACCUGCUCGCCGAAGCCGUCGAAGACGUCGAGACCAUCCUCAAGGCUUCUUCCAAGAACCUCGACGAGGCAACCCUGCUGGAGAUCAUCCAGAAGAAAGGCAAGUCGGAGCCUCCGGCGUAUCCUCUCAUCCACGACGCCUGCAAGCUUUCUGACGAGCUGAUGGAGCUGCAGGAGGACGGCACGGGAUGGGAAGUGAUGUACCGGGUCUGGCUGGGCAUGCUCUGCUACUCCGCCAGCAUGUGCAGGGGGUACCUGCACGCCAGGAGCCUGGGCGAAGGCGGCGAGUUCCUCUCCUUCGUCUGGCUCGUGCUCUCGCUUACAGGUGCCAAGACAUUGGCGGACAAGCUCCAGAUGCCGGAGCCUGACGACCAGGAAUCUGCAGCUGGGGAGGAGAUGACCGCGAAACCGUUGAUCGGUGAGCUGGAAUCGCUGGUCGACUAGCCGAGAAAAAAUCGAUGAUCCUUUUAUUACCUGCAGCCUGGAGCUUAAUUGUUUUCUUGUUUGCAUUACUUGAUGUCCCAUUGUUACCUGGCUAUUUGCUUAAGGGAGUGUCUGUAAUAUUCCAAAAUUUAUAAUAUUUGAACGUGUAAAUUUAAAAACUUUUUGGUUGAAUGUUGUGCUCGUUUGAAAACC